GUUGCGUCGGCAGCGGGCGGGCCGUGCACACGCGGCGGAAACACGCGCCGCCGCGUACUCAGUUUGUACUUGGCGCUUUCGCGGUGCGCGCGCGAUCGGUAGCGCCACGGGCUCCGGAGGAGCCCCCGCGAUCGGCACGAGCGGGAGGAGGAGAAGGAAUAAGAAGACGGACACGCCGGGGCAUCUCUUUCGCGAGUUGGAGGCGCGUGAUUGCGCAGGCCGCCGGGCGACCGGCUGCGUGGAAGGACCGCGGAGGAUAAAAAGAGACGGCCGGUGUGCGCGAUUCGCAUCGUCCUCACCGUUCUCCCUCACUCACUCACUCAUCUUCCCUCUCUCUCUCCCUCUGUCCUCCUCCGUCAUUCCUCUCCUUUUUCAGCGGUGUCCCUCCGACACCCUCGCUCAACCUACCACUCUACCUCUCUCUCCCUCACGGCCCCCCUCCCCCUCGCUUAGCUUGCCGUCCCGUCCCUCUGACGCUCGACUCGCUCGGUCUCGCUCCCUCCUCCCUCUAUCCCAUCCACCCUUCUCGCUCCCCCUCACCGUGGCCGUCUCGCUCGCGCUCGCGAGCCGUGCACCUCCGCCUUCCUAUCCGCCGAGCGGAGGACUGGAUUCCGUCGAAAAGAAACGACGAUUCGGAGGAUAGUCGCGACCGAUCAUAGCUGGCGCGUCGAUCGGAUCAACGGAGUGAAUAGCCGUCCGCGACUAACCGCAUCGCGCGCGUUACCGCGACAAGUGCCACGCAUCGCGGCCGCGCGCUCUGUGUGUCCUUCGAUCUUUUUCUUUCCUUUUUUUUUCCCUCCGCGCGACGUCGGCGCCGCGACUCGCUCGCGACACUCGCGCUCCUUCGUCGGGAGGACUCUUGGGCCGCGCCGUUCCCUCUUCGGCCGACGCGAGAGUGAUCGGAGUGCGUGCGGAGCGCGAAACGACCGUCGUCCGCGCGCGGCGCUCUUCUUCGCAACCUGCUCCGCGAGUGCGGCCGCGACGACGACGACGACGGCGACGGCGACGACGAAGAAGACGAAGGCGACGACGACUACACGCGGUAGCUCCAGAACCGCUCCGGAGGACUGCUCUCCUCUGCUUGUUCCCGCGUGUGACAGUGCGAGUGCAUAUGCCGGCAGCGGACCGCCAGCGAUCUCGACCGGUUCGCGUGCAGCUGUGCGGCCAGUCGCGACGACCGGGCGUACGGGAGUGCCGUCGACGCGAGUAGCACCCCGCCGCGGGGUGGCUGGACACGCGACAGAGAGGGUCCUCGCGCCUCCGCCGUGAGCGCCCGUAAGAAGGAGGAGAGGAAGAGGAGAGAGAGAGAGAAAGAAAGGAGAGGAGCGAGAUAGUGCGACGGAUCCGUGCAAGUGACCGCGUCGGGAGCGAGGGCGAAUGCCGCGGACCUCCGGAACGAUGAUCGCGUAGCGGUGCCCGACCAUCACGGCCCUGAGCGGCCGACACAUCAUGUCACAGUUCUCUUUCCGAGGAUCGCCAAAUCUACAGUGUCCUGUAACAGUGAACUCGUCGCUGGCGCCGUCCUCGGCCUCGCCUGUAACCGGUGCGAUCCUGAGUGCGGGCGGCCCGUCCCUGGUCAGCAGCGUAACCGCCAGUACGACGACGAAUCAUCCCCUGGACGUAGCCGGUCUGUCGCAAGCAAGGAUGGCGGUGACGAGCGCAAUCGUGAGGCCGCCCGGCAGUCCCACUACCUCGGUUAGCCCGUCCCAGGGCCAUCCGCCGCCAUCGGCCGGCGGUCCCACCGCCAGGUGCUGCGAUACCGGCCGACCGAUCUUCACGGAUCCGCUGACGGGCCAGACCGUCUGCUCCUGCCAGUACGAACUGCUGGGCGGCUAUCAGCGCCUAGGUGGCCUACCCACGGCCGCGCUUUCCAUGUACAGCGCGCCGUACGCGGCCGCAGCCGCCGCGGCGGCGUCCGAGGGUAUGGCCGCGUACUUUCCCAGCUUGAGCGCCGAGCAAGCACCCUUCUACACGCCCACGGCCGCCGGUCUAGAUCUCAAAGAAAACCUGGGGGCUGGAGCCGCAGCAGCGUGGCCUUAUCCCUCGAUGUACCACCCUUACGAUGCCGCUUUCGCAAGUUAUCCCUUCAACGGUUAUGCCGUGGAUCUGAAUGGUGCGAGGCGAAAAAAUGCGACACGGGAAACAACCAGCACGCUGAAAGCGUGGCUAAACGAGCACAAGAAGAAUCCGUAUCCCACGAAAGGCGAAAAGAUCAUGUUGGCUAUUAUUACCAAGAUGACACUGACACAAGUGUCGACGUGGUUCGCGAACGCGCGGAGGCGCUUAAAAAAGGAAAAUAAAAUGACGUGGGAGCCAAGAAACCGUGUCGAAGACGAAGAUAAUAACAACGAAGACGAUGAUAGCGGAAGGAAGAGCGUCGAUGAGAAAGAUCGGCUAGAUUCGAAAGACUCGGGUACAGGUUCCAGCGAGGACGGGGAACGACCGGCGCACCGUUUGGACCUACUGCACGGUGGCAGUGGUGGGUCGGCGGGCGUUCAAGGUAGGACCGAGAGCGAGUGGAGCGAGUCGCGAGCGGACAGCGGUCCGGACAGUCCGGAAUGCCUGUACGAUCAGAGGGAGCCGAGGCAUCCGCUGCAGCUGCAGCAUCCGGCGUAUCUCACCCCAAAUCACGGUCGGUUGUUGCGUCACCCGUCACCGGAGAGCACGUCCCCCGGUAGCCAGCACCAUCAUCUGCCGCCGAGCACCAGCGCGCCGUCCACGGGCAGCGCGGUGACGACGAAGCCGCGGAUCUGGUCGCUGGCGGAUAUGGCGAGCAAGGACGGCGAUCAGCAAAAUACGAAUCCAGCCACGAUGACGGGUCUCACGUCACCCUACGGCGGAACGGGCGGUGGCGGAGGCGGCAUUGGCAGUGGGGGUGGCGGUGGAGGUGGCGGCAGCACUGCAGGGGGCAAGAUAGUGAGUCCUUUGGCCAGCCGUUUGCAUCAUCAUCCUCUCCACCCAAUACAUCCGGGCACGCAGUUUGUGAGACCGCACGCGGACUUCUACAGGAACUUGUACGGCGCGCCCCAUCUCGGCUCCGGUGACAUAUCCCUGCUGGAGACGUACUCGAGGACACUGGGUGGACUGGGCGGCGUGAUACCGCCAUCCACGGCCCCGAGCAUACUUACGUCCUCGUCCUCGUCGAUCUCCGCCGCCGGUAACGUGAAACCGUUCUCGAUCAAUGGGGGUAGCGGCGCGGCUGGCGGUACCACCGCCGGAUCGGCCGUUUUACUGACCACCGCGUCCUCCGGCCUGUCGCCGUCGUCGUCGUCGACGACGUCGUCGGGCGGGUCCGAUCACUCGCCCCAUCCGGCGAGCGGCGGUCUCUCCGCGACUCAGGAACUCAAAUCUCCUGGACGGGUGUGACUCGACGUAGCGACCGA